AUGGCGGCUCCACCUAACAGUUCAGACACGGCACCCGCCGCUGGAAAUCUGCAGCGGAUGACCGCCAUCCAGAUUGAUCUGGACGAAGGAUCAACCGAUACGGACGCAUCUUUGCCGGCCUCGCAGCAGCAGCAGCAGCACACCGCUGCUCCCAGCAGCCGUCGUUCUCUGGAUCGCAACGCCUUGAGCUUCAGCCACUACCGCAACGAAUCCCUCGAAGAGGAUGAUGACCUUGUCAACGGUCCCCUCUCAACCAGCAGCCGUAGCUUGCGCCUCAGCCUCCUUCCAGCUCACCACACCUUUCCACACGACAAGGAGCUUCAGCACGCCCUCGCCGCGUCCUCCCGCAGCUUGCACGAGAACAGCAGCACACCUCCCCCUCUCCACAGCCCCAAAAGCCCCCGACGCCCCCGCGGCCACACCCGCAACAAGUCUGUUGGUGGCCAGCCCUCCCAAUACCCCGUGCGCCCCAGUGAACUGCGAUCGGCCCCCAAGCGACACCACACCAUUUCGACCCAGUCCGGCUCCGCCCCCGCCACACCCGCCAACAACAGCCAUACCCACGCUCGUUCACGCACCCAGACUCAUACUCAGGCCGCCAACUCGCCGCAGCCUCUUCACCAACAACCUGACUCUCCGUUCGGUGCCUUUCUACCUGCGCGUCACACCACCCCUUUAUCAAACCCAGAGAUCGGUCCCGGUGCGUCUACCACCUCCGCCACUGGUCCUGCCAAGGUUCCAACCUCUGCUCGUUGCCACCAGGGCAUCCUCGUCGACGUGGAUGCAGUGCUCCACGGAGCCCCAAUCACCCACGACAUUGACCAGCCCGCCCGAGAUUUCUCCACAAAUUAUGAACAGGCCCAGGUGGACGGCAUGAGCGUUGCCAAACCACCUCCGGGUCUUUCCCGUGAAGCCAGCCUGGAGGAUGCGGAUAGCACAGACUCGGAAGAACCCACUGAGGAAGAGAUUCAAGAACUUGACCUUGACGCCAUUGAACCAAUAACUAUCCGCCUCAUUCACCAUGUUCACCGUGACAAGCUUCGCGAAUACGAAAUGUUUCUGCAAUACGUCCUGAGCCUCGCGACGGCUGAGCGACGUUGCUUUGGUGUCACUACACUGCCCAUCAAGUUUGGCCGCCAUCAUCGCUGGAUGAUCAUUCUUCGCUUUUUGAAUCAGGCAGGCUACCUGCAAUGGCGUCGCGACUCCCAGGUGGGCCGCCUUCUCAAGGCUUUGCGAAAACAGAAGGUUUUUGAAAUGGGGCAGGAAGAGGCUUUUUGUGCUGAAGUCUAUCUUGGUUGGUCCGUUCACCUGCAACAAGAUCUGUAUAACCGUGAGGCGUCGUACAACAACCUUCUGGCACGCGGUUAUCCCAAGUACCGUUACCUUUUGGUCAUGGUCCUCUCCUUCUGGGUCGCUUCGACUCUGCUUAGCAUUGAGAAUGACACGCACUCGUGGUCAAGCUAUCGCCGAGACCUCAUUGAGGCCUUUGAUCUUUACGACGGCGGCUCCGAGUACAUUCCCUUGGCCGAAUUCCUUUACGUUUUGGUUCUCUGCCCACUUGCUUACUUUGUUUUUGCCCCCAUCUUUGAAAUCUUGGCAAGCUGCUGGCUCAACCGCCCGGUGCCCCGAGAACCCACCAACAGCUUUGCGCUCUACGCCCUCUACCGCAUCUUUGUCAACUAG